GGCGCGACUCGGAAACAUGGCGGCGAUGCUGGGGUGUCGGGCAGGUGUUCGGCUGCGGCUUCUCCUUUCGGCGCUGAAACCGGGGAUUCGCGUACCCCGGCCCGAGCCCUGGGCCGCGUUCGGCACCUCAGUAACCUCCGCCAAAGUGGCCGUGAAUGGCGUCCACCUGCACUAUCAGCGGACUGGAGAGGGCGAGCAUGCGGUCCUGUUGCUUCCUGGGAUGCUGGGUUGUGGAGAGACUGACUUUGGGCCUCAGAUUAAGAACCUAAAUAAGAAGCUCUUCACAGUGGUGGCCUGGGAUCCUCGAGGAUAUGGCCACUCCAGACCCCCCGACCGGAACUUCCCACUGGACUUUUUUGAAAGGGAUGCAAAAGAUGCUGUUGACUUGAUGAAGACGCUGAAGUUUGACAAGAUCUCCCUGUUGGGCUGGAGCGACGGCGGCAUCACUGCGCUCAUUGCAGCAGCCCGGUUCCCGGCCCACAUCAGCAAGAUGGUGAUCUGGGGCGCCAACGCCUACGUGACGGAUGAAGACCAGAGGAUCUACCAGGGUAUCCGAGAUGUUUCCAAGUGGAGUGAGAAAACAAGAAAGCCGCUGGAAGCCCUGUAUGGGUUUGACUACUUGGCCAAAACCUGUGAGAAGUGGGUGGAUGGCAUAGGACAGUUUAAGCACCUCCCAGAUGGGAACAUAUGCCGGCACUUGCUGCCCCUGGUCCAGUGCCCCACCUUGAUUGUACAUGGAGAAAAAGACCCACUGGUCCCCCGUUUCCACGCGGACUUCAUUCACAAGCAUGUGCGUGGGUCCCGGUUGCAUCUGAUACCCGAAGGCAAGCACAACCUGCAUUUACGUUUUGCAGAUGAAUUCAACAAACUAGUGGAAGAUUUCUUAAAGUGAAAAUGUUCCCAGACAAAUGCCACUGGGGACCCCUUAGCCGUCACACCCACCUCACUUCAGCUGCCCCCCACCCAGACUGCUGCUCCUCUCACAAGCCUAUCCCAAUCCACAUUCAUGAUGGCGUACUAGCUUCAGUAGCUGCGAAACUAGAUCUGAUUUUUACCAUUAAGUUAAUGUCUACCAUUGCCUUAAAAAAUAAGUUCCUAUUAAGAUUAUAUUUUCAGGGCCUCCCUGGUAGCGCAGCGGUUGAGCGCUGGGUUGCGAAGCUGCCCGCAGCCUCUGCAGCGCUGAUUUGAUCCCGGGCUGCUCCCCGGCCACCGGAGGAGGGUCCCACAUGGCGCGCAGACCUCUCCUGCCACCCGCUGCUCCCCUCAGCAGUGUGCUUCGGUCCUUCUGCCUGCUCUGCUCCCCGCUCUGGCUCUGGU